AUGGAGGAUAUUGUAAAAACUACCCUAGAUCCGGCUAACGUCGUGGAACACCCAAAACAUCCAACAAAUCCCGAAGAAGUCGGAUCCUACACCGAAGGCGAUAUAAUUCAAACGGCUAACAUGUUUUCCAAAAAUGGUGUCAUUUCGAAAUCUUACCGUUGGCCCUAUGGCGUUAUACCCUACGAAUUUGCCGGCAAUUUCAAUCAACAUGAUUUGGAAAUAAUUUUCUAUGCUUUUCUAAAUUUUCAUAUGCAAACUUGUGUACGUUUUGUACCUCGACGCUACAAUGAAACCGAUUAUAUUUCGCUGAAUAAUGAAAAUUCCGGUUGUUGGUCUUAUGUCGGACGACAGGGUGGUAAACAAAAACUUAAUCUCGAAUCUCCAAUAUGUUUGAUAAAUCCCGGCACAGCAAUACAUGAGCUGAUGCAUGUUGUGGGAUUUUUCCACGAACAAAAUCGUAAGGAACGUGAUGAAUAUGUUGAAAUACGCUAUGAAAAUAUACGCGAUGGAUUACAGAAUAAUUUCAAGAGAAGAGCUCGUACGGCAGCAUUUGAUGUACCCUAUGAUUAUGGUAGUAUUAUGCAUUAUUCUGCGACGGCAUUUUCCCAUAAUGGACAACCGACUAUUGUGGCGAAGCAACCUGAGUAUAAUAAUAUUAUGGGUCAACGUUUUGGUCUCUCACCAUUGGAUGUUCUGAAAAUAAAUCGUAUGUACAAUUGUUAUGGAGAUCUAAGAUCAGACGAUAAGUCAGGCGGUACCAAGUCAUCUGUGUUGAAAACUAAAUAA